AUACGCAGACUAAAACCCUUUUUGGGUAUUUGGUAAUGAAGAAAGAAAAGGAAGAAAAACAAUGCCCACUAUCACAAACCACCUUCGUUUACUCUUCCAUUCUUCUUCUUCUUCUAUUAAGCUUAAACCCUCUUUCAGUUUCUCCUUACUUCCCAAACCCAGACUCAAACCAUACUCAUCUUCUUUCACUCUUCUUGCCUUAUCUUCAAAUAGAAGAAGACCCCGUUUUGAUCCCCACCCUUCUCGUGGCCCUGGCAGGAGAAAUAUUAGUACUUUUAGAGAGAGGAAAAGCCGGGAAAGAGGAGUGCCGAUGGAGGGGAGUAAUGAGUCUUCUGGGUUUAAUAAGAGAAGGGCUGAGGGAAGGGAUAAGGAUGAUAAGCCUAAGAAGAGUUUGCAGUUGAAAUCGCGUAAGCUUAAUCCUUCGAAUACCAUUUGUUAUUUGCAGAUACUGGGGACUGGAAUGGACACACAGGAUACAUCACCUUCGGUGUUACUUUUCUUUGACCGGCAGAGAUUUAUCUUUAAUGCAGGAGAGGGUUUACAACGUUUUUGCACAGAGCAAAAGAUCAAGUUGUCUAAGAUAGAUCACAUAUUUCUCUCUCGUGUAUGCUCCGAGACUGCAGGUGGCCUUCCAGGUUUGCUUUUGACAUUGGCUGGGGUUGGAGAAGGAUUGUCUGUUUGUGUAUGGGGUCCAUCAGAUCUGAAGUACUUAGUUGAUGCGAUGAGGUCUUUCAUCCCGAAUGCUGCUAUGGUUAAUACAAAGAGCUUUGGACCCGCACUUGGCUCUAAUGUAAACACUAUGCCCGAGCAACAAAACUCAACAAAACCCAUUGUUCUUAUUGAUGACGAGGUUGUUAAAAUAUCAGCUAUCGUUUUGCAACCGACGGUUUCAGAAGGAAAGCCUGGUGAUAUGUCUGUAGUAUAUGUAUGUGAGUUGCCUGAAAUCAAGGGGAGAUUUGACAAAGAGAAAGCGCUAGCUUUGGGUGUUCGACCUGGGCGAAAGUAUAGUCAACUUGUUGAAGGGCAAUCAGUAAAGUCGGAUCACCAAGAUAUCAUGGUUCAUCCGAGUGAUGUAAUGGACCCAUCUCUUCCCGGUCCCAUUGUAGUACUCGUAGAUUGCCCCAAGGAAUCGUAUUUGCAACAGUUGUUGUCCACAGAGCAUCUCAAUAACUAUUUUGCGGACUUCUCAGGUUUGCCCGAGAGUUCUAAGGUGGUGAGUUGUAUCAUCCAUUUGAGUCCCGCAUCUGUAGUUAACAGUCCAAAAUACCAGAAUUGGAUGAAGAGAUUCGGUUCAGCACAACAUAUAAUGGCUGGACACGAAAGGUUUGCUAGGAAGAACAUGAAAAUUCCAAUACUCAAAUCAAGUGCAAGAAUUACGGCGAGGCUAAAUUAUCUAUGUCCCCAGUUUUUUCCAGCUCCAGAUUUUUGUUCUCUUCAGCAAAAUGGUUCCUCGGAAUCAAGCUCCAUUGUUUCAAGUGAGGAUUCUGAUGGAACACUUUGCGAAAGUAUUGGCGCGGAAAAUCUUCAGAAGUUUGUUUUGCGACCUCAUAGUAAGCACGGAUUGGAUAAAUCUUGCGUACCAAGUUUGUUGGUACCCACAGAAAUCAUCGACGAAUUACAUUCUGAGAUUCCAGAUAUUGUAGUUGCUGCCCAAAAUGUUAGUCAGUUGUGGAAUACAUCCACUGGAUCGACAGGAGAAAUAAGCUGCGUUCAAGAUGUUAAGUUUAUGGUUGAAGAGCCGUGGUUGGACGAGAAUACUCUUCCCAGUUGUCUCGAAAAUAUAUCAAGAGAGGACAUGGAGAUUGUCUUUCUCGGGACUGGAUCAUCUCAGCCAUCGAAAUAUCGGAAUGUCAGCUCUAUCCAUAUCAAUCUUUUCUCGAAAGGGGGUUUGCUUUUAGAUUGCGGUGAAGGAACCUUAGGACAGCUUAAACGAAGAUAUGGUGUAGAUGGCGCUGAUGAUGCGGUGAGAGGUCUGAGGUGUAUUUGGAUUUCCCACAUUCAUGCCGAUCACCACACAGGCUUGGCGAGAAUACUAGCCCUCAGACACGAAUUGUUGAAGGAAGAGCCUCACGAGCCAAUACUCGUUGUAGGACCGAGACAGCUUAAGAGAUAUUUAGAUGCAUACCAAAGACUUGAAGAUUUGGACAUGAUGUUUCUCGACUGUCAGCACACCACUAAAGAAUCACUCGAUGCGUUUAAGAGCAUUAUCGAGUCUAGUAACGACCUAAUUUCUAUAGGAGAUCCGAAAAGUUCCAAAGAUAUUUGGAAGAAACCAACUGACGGGCAAAUGGCUCAGAAAAUCGAUUCUACUUUGUUUGCUAGAGGAUCCCGAAUGCAGAGCUACUGGCAGAAAUCGGGUAGUCCAGUUGACAAUAUCACAGAAAUAAAAAGCUUAAAGAAAAUUCUCGGCGAUGCUGGUUUGGAAGCCUUGAUUAGUUUUCCGGUUGUUCAUUGCCCACAGGCGUUCGGUGUUGUGUUGAAGGCAGCCGAGAGAACUAAUAGCGUUGGAAAAUCUAUUCCAGGAUGGAAGGUUGUGUAUUCUGGCGACACUAGACCCUGUGAAGCUUCGAUAGAAGCAUCUCGUGAUGCAACUAUUCUCAUACACGAGGCAACGUUCGAGGAGGGAAUGGUCGAGGAGGCAGUGGCGAAAAACCACAGCACGACAGAGGAAGCCAUAGAAGUGGGGAACGCUGCCAGUGCAUAUAGAAUAAUUCUCACACAUUUCAGCCAAAGAUAUCCGAAAAUCCCAGUAUUCGAUGAGACACACAUGCACAACACGUGCAUUGCGUUCGACAUGAUGAGUGUCAACGUAGCAGAUUUGCCUGUGCUCCCGAGAGUACUUCCAUAUCUGAAGAUGCUGUUUCGAAACGAGAUGGCGUUGGAGGAGUCGGAUGAUGUUCAAGAAUCCGUGUUGGUGUAGUGCUAUUGUACUCAAGUUUCUUCUUCAUUUCAUUGGUUUUAUUUAUUUACAAUAUUUUUUUGGUCACUUUGUUUGUAAUUUGAAGUGUUUUAUUAAUAUUCUUUAUGGGGAUUCACUCACUGCAUGUAUAGUCAGUCCCCUAAGUAAUUGAAAUUAAUGGAAAUUAUACUUGUGUUUU